AAAUGGUAACUGUUUAGUCUGUUUUCGCGCAAACCGUUCAAUCUUCGCUAUAUACUUUGCUUUCUUAUAAUAAAUCGAUCUUUGAAAAUCAAUAGAAUAGAAAAUAUAUCGAUAUUACUCUCGUAACUACUUUUGACGUAGUUUCACUGUCAAAUGGAAAUUAAAUUUUAAAGCUUCAUUUCUGGUACGAAAUAAACAAUCGUUUUUUUUUCCAUAACGAGUGGUAACGUAAAUUUUAAAUGAUAUUAUUUUGACAAUUGAGAAAUAUAAUAACGUAUAAAAGAUUAUACAAAUCAUAAAUACCAUAGUAUAUAAUUUGUACGUAUGUUUAAAACGAACGUAAUAGCACUUUCUACUUGAAAUGUUACUUAACUUAAAAUAUUUUAGUACAAAGAUCGGCUCAAUGGUUCCGAUUAAUCAAGACACAGCGUACAGUUAGUAAAAUUAUGCGUAAUACGUAUUUAUAAAAGAAGAAAGAAAAGCGAAACUGUGCAAGAUUCAACGAGAAUUCAUCUCGUAAAUGAUAUUAUUUGAACGAAACGUCUUUCAAGAAAUUAAGUAUACAAAUGUAAAAAAAAGUAUCGACAACAAAUCCGAUGUAUAUAUAUAUAUAUGACAUCGGAUAAAUCCGAUUUCUUAUCGAAGGAAAUUGGUUCUCUUCCAAGCAGCCAAUUAAUUCCGCGUUGCAGUAUUGGCAGCGGUACAAUAAGGUUCUGUGCAAAAGAAAUGCUAAAUUUAUCUGUUGUAACGUAAUACGCAGUAACAGUUCGAGCGUUUGCGUUCGGGGUAUACUACCAGUGCUGUAUUUAUUAGAAAGCAAGUUAAUCGAAAAAAUAUUUAGACAAAUCAAGACUAAUUGUAAACUUAGAAGAAGUGAAUCAAUUAAUAUUUAUAAAAGCUCAAAUAUCGUAGUAUAAAAUAUAAGGAAUUAUUUGAACAUCAAAGUGCAACGUACUAUAGCAUCGAACGAAAUGAAUAUUUCCAAGGCUGAUUUGAUCGAUCAGUUAAAACACACAGGGAAAUUCUGGUAUCUUGUUAACCCCUAUGAGACAAUUUUCGAAUUCCCACACGAAGUUCCCGAUUAUCAGCAGCAGGUAUGGUUACCAUUUUUGGUCCUUAUCGUAUUUGAGCAUAUUAUACUGGCCUUUAAGAAGAAAAGAUUCCGCUUGAACGAUCAAGUGACUUCCUUGUCUCAAUGGAUAUUGCAAGAAACUAGCCGUACUCUCUUCCGUGGUGCCGAAUAUUACGCGUACAUCGUAAUUUACGAGAGAUGUCGCUGGUGGAAUCUGCCUUGGAACUCGCUAUGGACUUGGUGUAUCACUGCCGUGGGGGUGGAUUUCUGUUACUAUUGGGUUCACCGCAGUAACCACGAGAUACACUUUUUAUGGGCUCAGCAUCAAGUACAUCAUAGCAGCGAAGAAUUCAAUCUCGCGGUUGGUCUGCGGCAAUCCAUCUUGCAACACUGGUGUAAUUUCAUGUUAUAUUUACCUCUUGCAUUAUUUAUACCGCCAUCGCAUUUCAUCGUACAUAAUCAGUUUAAUUUAAUUUAUCAAUUAUGGAUUCACACGACUGUCAUUGAUGAUCUUGGACCGUUCGAGUUAAUAUUCAACACACCAAAACAUCAUCGUGUACAUCAUGGUUGCAACUUAUAUUGCCUGGACAAAAAUUACGGCGGCGUUCUCAUCAUAUGGGAUAAAUUAUUUGGAACAUUCGUGCGAGAAAAGGAAAAGGAAGAGAUAAUUUAUGGCUUAGUUGUUAGUGCUCAAUCUUUUAAUCCCCUGUAUUUACAGACAUUUUACACUGCAGAAUUAUUUAAAAAGAUUACACGGAUGUCAACUUUUAUGGACAAGUUAGGUGUUAUCUGGAAAGGUCCUAGUUGGUUUCCAGGUAUUCCUCGCUUAGGUCUGGAUAAAUAUAAAAUUAAUGUUACAUCUAGGAUUAAAUAUGAUAAUUAUAUACCGCAGUGGCAAAACAUUUACGUAAUUAUACACUUUUGCCUAGUUGUUUAUCAUCAUCUUCAAAUAUACGAGGAAACACAGGAUUUAAGGACCAUAUCAUCAGGAUUUAUCGUUAUUAAUAAUUUGCUUGCUCUUACCACUAUUGGUUUGUUAUUCGAUAAAUCAAAAUAUGCUGGAAUUUUGGAAUUCAUUCGAUGCCUUAUUUAUUUAAGUUUCUCCAAAAUAUAUUGUUCCAUAAAUUUAUAUAUCUAUUAUGUAUAUGUAACUUCGUUUUGCAUUUGGAUUUUACAUUUUCACCAUACAGUAAAAUCAAAUUUUAUAACCGUGGCAAGAUAUAGGAAUCAAACUAAUGUUACGGAGCAUGAUGAAAAUAUUUACACAUAAAUUCUGUAUUUACACUAUAUACGAUUAUUCUGUCUCAUUGAUAUUUAUGUGAUAAAUAAUACAUUAUUCGAUAUCAUUGUUGUACACAUUUCACAAACAAUAAAUAUAGUGGAAUAUAGAAAUUAAGUAUUUAUUGAUAUGACCGUGAAGGUUUAUCCAUAGUUAUCCUCGUUUGAAUAAAAAAUUAGCUAUAUUCUAUACAUAGGCAUAUUCGCAAUUCUACAAAACUUUUUCACAAUUAAUAUAGAAGUAUAUAGAUAAUGAAAUGUCUUUUGUAUUCAGUAUUCGUUCAUUUCAGAGUAUUAUAUGCUCGUUUCAUAAAAAUGUUGAAUAAAUUAUUCUACAAGCAAUAAGAAAAUAACAUAACUUUUUGAAUACGAUUAAUAUAGUAAUCAAAAAUAUCAUGUAUAUACUACCAUAUAUAUACUGUUGUUAUAUAUGACAAAAAUUGUGGACCAGAUCUAUAAAAUUUUGAUUUAUAAUAAUCAGUUUUCUACCUGAACUUACGUCAUUGGUCUCCUUUAAAUCUUCGAUCCAUUGCGAUUUUAUUUCAAACAGGUUCCCUUGGUUCCUUGAAUUCUAUAGAAACCACAAAAAAAUAGAACUUUUUCUUACACUCAAUGUACUUGUUUCGUCAUUGCAUAAUGAAAACAUUUGGCAAUUAUUAACAAAGCAGCUCGUCGAUUUCGAUGAUUUCCGAAUAUGUUCCAGAUAUCGACAUUUUGAACAACUUUUCCCUAUGCGUGUAACCCCCACUCGGCCUUAGUUUCUGAAAUAUACAUUGGCAAAAAGAUUGUCGGUACCGCUGCAGUGAAUCGCGUGUGUAAUUGUGCGUGUAAUUGUGCAUCUGUGGCGGUGUACGCGUAAGUAUUGCCGGUAGCCUUGAGGCAGGCGAGUACAACAACCGAACCAACAAAUACAAAAACCAACCUAAACCUAGCUCUUAUCUUUCGUUUAUAAUGCGAAUGGAUAAUGUUCAAAAUGUUAAUUUCUACAACACAUUAAAAAAAUCAUCGAAAUCGGAGAGGUGGGUCCCUUUAUAAAUAAUUACCAAAUAUUUCUUAUACGAAAUUUUAUGACAAAGUAUUCGAUUGGAUUGAAACAUUGGAAGCUCUAAAAUUCCUGAAUUAUUCCUUCUUUUACGUGUGCAACAGGUUUAGAUAGCCGUUGUUCAAAGUAUGUUUAGAAUGCGGGAUGUGAAGCGUUUAAACGGCAUUGUUAACUCGAAUAUAUGCCUUGCAGCAGAUUGUUCCGCAGAUAAAAUUUAUAAAUAGUUUUAUGCGCUUACUUAGGUAUAUGCAAGUAUUGUACAGGAUGUUACAGAGAAGAAGUUACAGGAUUUUGCGAAUUUAUAGUAAUCAUCGUUCCCUUUUCGUGGAAAAUCAAUUUGAAAGUUAGAAAAUAUGUAAAAGUUAAAGAGCAUUGUACUUUUUCUUUACGCGUGCGAAAAACUAAACCAGACAGGAUGAUUCAAAAUAUAUCUGCUGUAUGUAUUUAAAAGUAGAGCGAAUCUACUUGCGAUUAGGUAAAUGGGAUUAUACGAUUCCAAGUAGGAUAGAUUAUAAUUUUUGUUAUGUUUAUUUUUUACGAAAUUACAAGAUUUCGAGUUACAAAAAUGUUAGAAAUACAUUCAAUUACCUAAAAAUCUUAUGGUUUUCAAAUGAUCCUAAGUAUAAAAAAUCACAUCUUUUAAUUGAUAUUUAUGUUCAUGUUAGGUAAAACAAUGUGAGAAUCGAACAAAGUUCAUAAUUCACUCCUGUUUGCUAGAACACUUGAUACUUACUUACUACAGAAGACGCUCGAAGUUAACGAACUUUGAUACAUCAUUUAAAGAAACGAUGAAAUAGCGUAACACACAUACAAUCGCAUGAAUAAUCUCUGAGGAACAUAAAUAUUGACAGUCUUCUGAUUUUUAUCAUUAUCUUUGGUAUUAUACACUCUCGAUACGUCGGUGUAUACCAUAAGCGAAUACGUCAGGCUAAAGAGUAUCGACAUCAAGUUAUGAAUCAUGAUUAAGGAAAUAAAUAUAAAAAUUGUGUAACGAUAGAUUUCUGCUGAAACUAAUAUGGAUAAAAAUUAUGUUUAGAAAUCAAGUCAGCGACUGAUAAAAAUAAUAAAGCCAUUAAUCGUUUAGUAAUGAAACUAUAGCUAUUAUUAGUAAGUUAAUGUAAGUAGUAUUAUCCUGUGAUAUCCCAUUUGGGUCUAGACGCUCCAACCGUACAAUAAUUUGCAUAAUUUCUAUGUUUAAUACAAUUAGUUCUCAAAUAGUUUCUCUUAUUCCUUUCCUAAAUGAUACAACAAAACGACUUGCCAAUGUUAUAUAACAAAAUUAAAAAGUAUAUUCUUAAAAUUUUAUAAAUUUCAAAUUUAUGUUUUUGUUUCUUCUUUUUUUUUUUUUGACAAUCACAUGCAACAGAUAUCGUUAUGAAUUUAUUUAUAAUCGUAAAUAUUUAUCAUGCAAUGGAUAAAGAAACGAUGUAGAAUUUCAGAGGCAAGUAAGUUACUUCCAUUAUUUUGCUUUUUUAUUUCGUUUCACUUUUUGGCUAUCAAUCAGUUUUUGUUAUAGCUCUUCAAAAUCGAGAACAUAUUCAUAGGCAUACUUACAGAAAAUACAGAAACAUAUGUAUGUGUAUGUGGCGUGUGAGACAGGCGAGAGAAGAUGUACGAACGCUUCUAAGAGCGAUGAUUUAUCUUUAAAUAAAGGAUGCAAGGAACUACCGAAAAAAGGCCUUCGUGAAUGUUGAACGUAUCUUGUAUUUCUUCAUUGUUUUCUUCAUUUUAUUUUACAAUAUUUUGUUAGUUGCGCGUAUGACUUUGCGUUUAUUAAUUACCUUACGUAUAGACGAAGUUAUUGCUCUAUUAUAAUUGAAGUUCUAUCAAGUAUGUUAUCCAAGCAACUAUCAAUUGCGAUGAACAUUGGGGUUUCAAUAAAUGAUGAUAUUAUUUGGUU